AUGCAGGAUGCCGGCUCUUCUGGCCAUGCUGAACUCCUGGCACGCCAGGCUAUACGAGCAUUGGCAGCACCGUGUGAUGCGCAGAUGCAGCAUGGGUAUGGUGCAAUGCGAGCUGCAGCAGCGCAGUUUUUGGGUGAGCUCUUGCUGCAGCAGCAUGGAGAAUCAGUCUGGGAUGCACACUUGAGGCAACAGCCACUUCCAAGUGAAGAUCGCUCCUUGCUCCUCGAGGCCGAGCAGCUUUUCCGUCAAGCCCUCUCGCUGACGCUGACCCGCCGAGCCACACUUGGCCUCGUGCAGGCUUUGUUCCAGUUGGCUCUGUUUGACGACUUUGGCGCCCGGAUGUCUGAAGUCCAAAGCUUGCUUCGAGAGGACUUGAGCAAAAUGGAAGCUCUGGACGUGGACAUCUUUGCCAGCCAAUGUAACCUCGCCUUUUGUUUCCAAUUGCAAGGUUACGACCAAGAAGCCAGAGCCAUUUAUGACCAGGUCUUGCCAGGGUACUGCCGAUGGGCAGACAACGAGUCAAAGGUAUCACCAGCAAUGCCCUUGUCCCUUGGUGCUUCGACAAUAGGUGCUGCUUGUGCAGCUCACAACUCAGCUUGUUUGGAUGGCAACCUUUCCAAGCUCCGAUGGGCCUUGCAAGCAACCAGGCCAGACAGACGUGUGAGUACUUGCAUUGCGACGCGCUUGCUGCAGCACCUUACCAUUGCAGGAGCAGAAGACGAGGCUCAGCAACUCAUGGAGGAAUUUCAGCUGAAGAAGGAAGAGGUGUCAUCAAUUGAGGACAAUUUCUUGGCGCUUUGGCCGCAACGUCCUUCCAGUCGAAGCAAAUGGCGGCGCCCAACCACGAACCCGCGCCGUAGCGUGUGUGCUGAGCUCUACUUGCGGCCAAAGAUCGACUUGCUUACUGCCAAAAACCGGGCGGAGCCGAUCAUUGCGGAGGUGCGCCAAGAGGGCGACGCCGCGCUGGCGAAGCUUGCGAAGCGCUUUGAUGGUGCAGAGCUGUCGAAGGAUGAUUUGAUUAUCGAGGUGGCGAGCGCACCGUGGCCAAAGGUGGAGCCCAAAGUGGCUGAGUCCUUAGAUGCCGCCUACGAGAAUGUGCGGCGCUUCCAUGCAGCACAGAAAAAACCACCUCUGCGCGUCGAGACCAUGCCUGGUGUUGAGUGCAGGCGUAUCGCAGUACCUAUCGAGGCUGUUGGCCUCUAUGUGCCUGGCGGGACAGCCGUGUUGCCUUCCACAGCGUACAUGCUGGCCACACCUGCCAAAUUAGCCGGUUGCAAAGAGAUUGUGCUCGCAACACCACCUCGAGCAGAUGGAAGCAUUUGCCCAGAGGUGAUCUAUGCAGCCAAGCGAGCAGGUGCCACAAAGAUCUUGAAGGCUGGUGGCGCUCAAGCGAUCGCGGCCAUGGCAUUUGGCACCAAGAGCUGCCCGAAGGUGCACAAGAUCACAGGUCCAGGCAACCAGUACGUGACUGCAGCAAAGAUGAUGCUUCAGGCAAACGAUGAGGCUGCCGUGUCCAUUGACAUGCCAGCUGGCCCAUCAGAGCAGCUUUGCAUUUUUGAUGCUACCAGCGAUCCGGCCUUUGUGGUUGCAGACUUGCUGUCACAGGCGGAGCACGGCCCUGACUCCCAAGUGGUCGGUGUUUUUGUGAAUCCUUCAGGGGAUGCCCACGGCUACAUGGGAAGACUACGAGAAGAGUUUGAGCAGCAGACCAGCAAGCUGUCGCGAAGGGAGAUCACCAAGCAAGCUUUGAGCAAAAGCUUUGUCAUCGUGGUGAAGUCCCUGGAUGCUGCGAUGAGCUUCUCGAAUGGGUACGGCCCUGAACAUCUCGUGGUUCAGGCGGCAAAUCCAGAGGCAUACCUAGAGAAAGUUGUCAAUGCAGGCUCUGUCUUUAUGGGCGCCUAUGCGCCAGAGAGCUGCGGAGACUAUGCUAGUGGCACCAAUCAUUGUUUGCCUACUAGUGGCUAUGCCAGACAGUUUGGUGGUGUGUCAACAGACACGUACAUAAAGUAUGUCACUGUGCAAAAGCUCACAGCUGCCGGAUUGAAGCGAGUAGGACCUCAUGUUGAGGUCAUCGCAGAUGUGGAAGAAUUGGAAGCUCACAGGAAUGCCGUGACCAUUCGGCUGGCAAAGAUUGGCAGAGAACUCUCUUGGCUUGACAAACUUGGAGCUCUUUGCCGCUUUUGCUGA